UAUUCACAUGCAUAACAAAGAGAAUACAAGGGUAUAGAGUCAAAAGUUCUUGUAACCGUAUUGUUAUUCUCUAUAGUGGAGGUGAUCUCUCAAAACACAUCACAUGAGAACUAGUAGUAGUACAAGGUCUAUAAUGAAUGGUUCUACUUUUUGUUCAUAGUGGACUCCAAAAACAGUCACAAUUGGCAAAAACAAAACUGUAGAAACUGUAGAAACCGUGUAAAUAUUCCAAACAAAAGCGCCGAUAUCGCAAUUUAGCUUAAAAGAAAGCCGGGGGUGCAAUCCGAUCCGGUCUUUCGAUCUAACGGCAACACGAAGACAAGCAAAAUCCACAGUGACGCUGCUGCUGCUUCUUCUUCUUCUUCUUCUUCUUCCUUACCCACUCACCAAAAUGUCCCUGAGAUCUCUCCCCUCUAAACCCAAAACCCUUCACUCUAUCUUCCACUCUCUUCUCUCACCCUCCAAACCCAACACUCACCGCCACCCCUUCUCUUCUCUCACCCACCACAACUCGCCAUCUCCGCCAUCACCGCACCUGGUAAGCGAGUUCUCCCGCAUUCUCAGCGACCACAGGAACCCUCACCACGACUUGGAACUCUCCCUCAACGCUCUGUCUACCCAAAUCUCCAUAGAAUUGGUUGAGCAAGUUCUGAAACGCUGCAAAAAUCUCGGGCUUUCUGCACACAGGUUCUUUCUUUGGGCUAAAACAAUUCCGGGUUUUCGACAUAGUGCUGAAAGCUAUCACAUUUUGAUUGACAUUUUAGGAAGUAGCAAGCAAUAUGCUGUGUUGUGGGAUUUCCUCGUAGAAGUGAGAGAGUCCAAGUGUUGUGAUUUUGGCCCGGAAAUUUUCUGGCUUAUUUUUCGGGUUUAUAGUAGAGCUAAUUUGCCUCGCGACGCCAUUCGAGCUUUAAAUCGAAUGGUUGAGUUUGGAAUUAAGCCCAGUGUUCAUGAUCUUGAUCAGCUUCUUUACACAUUAUGUAAAAGAAAGCAUGUCAAGUAUGCUCAUGAAUUUUUUGAUAAAGUUAAGAGUGGGUUUCAGUUGAAUGCGAAAACUUAUAGUAUUUUGAUGAGAGGUUGGGGAGACGUUGGUGAUUCGGAUGAAGCACGUAAGCUGUUUGAUGAAAUGACUGAACGAGGAUGUUUGGUUGAUGUGCCUGCGUAUAAUAGUUAUUUGGAGGCUUUGUGUAAAGGUGGGAAAGUUGAUGAGGCGUAUAAGAUAUUUCGGGAGAUGGGGUCGAAUGGAGUUGAACCGGAUGCAUGUACCUAUUCGAUUUUCAUUCGUGCUUAUUGUGAGGUGGAUGAUAUUCAUUCAGUUUUUAGGGUGCUUGAUAGGAUGGGGAGAUAUAAUCUUUUGCCCAAUGUGUAUACUUACAAUUGUGUUAUCAAGAAAUUGUGUAAGAACGAAAAGGUGGAAGAGGCUUACCAACUUUUGGAUGAAAUGAUUGAGAGGGGUGUUAUGCCGGAUACGUGGAGUUACAAUGCAAUCCAGGCUUAUCAUUGUGAUCACUGCGAGGUUAAUGGGUCUCUCAGGCUGUUAUCUAGGAUGGAAAAAGACAACUGCAUGCCCGAUCGACAUACUUACAAUAUGGUGCUUAAGUUGCUAAUCAGGAUAGGAAGAUUUGAUAGGGCAACUGAAGUUUGGGAGAGUAUGGGGAAGAGAGGAUUUUAUCCUUCUGUUUCAACGUACUCUGUCAUGAUUCAUGGCUUAUGCAAGAAGAAACGUAAACUAGAGGACGCUUGUAAAUACUUUGAGAUAAUGAUCGAUGAAGGUAUACCGCCAUACUCUUCUACUGUUGAGAUGCUGAGUAACCGGAUUAGGGGCUUGGGGCUCCUCGACCAUGUUGAGAUACUUGCAAGCAAGAUGGAACAAAGCACUUCUUGCUCAAUACAAGAGUUGGCAAACUUGAUGAGAGGUAAUAAAGCUUAUGUAGCAUCGAGAAGUGUAGAGAGUGACUUUGAAAGUGACUGAUGAACCAAAGGUCAAGUAUCGGAUGAAUUGUAAGGUGUAGUCCCGUCCCCACGCUACCACAUCUCGAUUUGUCUGUGAAUAUAGAGUUAUAUGCAACAGUACAAUGAGGUGGAACUCUCUGCUUUGGGAAUGGGUAUGACAGUUCCGCUGCUUCCAUCCGUUAUCCAUUGAACUUAUAAGUCUCUGUGUGAAGAUAUCUGGGUGUUGUGUGCCAUAUCGAUGUAUCUGGUUGGACAUUAUUCUGAAUCAUGGAAACAUUGAGGUUCCUAACUACGUACUGGAAGAUAACUGAAAUUUAGUGUAAUUUGUUUGUAUACGUGUUUGAUUGCGUUUGCUCAAUUCGACAAGUUGAGCUACUAGUUUCUGUACAAGUUAACAUGACUUGCUGUUUUGUGUCUGUUUGUUAUUGUCUGCUUAAGGUGGAAGGAGAAUGUUUACUAAUUUGUCGAGCCAUUUUUUUGUAUAACCUUCUUUGGAGUAGUGAGAACUUAAAUCUA